AUGAUCCUGCGGUGGCUGCUGCCGCUGCAGGUGUUGCAGCGGCUGAUACAGCCACGGAUACAGCAACUGGUACUACUACGACGCCUGUGGCAGCUGUCUGCAGUUGCAGCCGCUGCAACACCGCUGAAUCCUAUUACCUCCGUGAUAGUCCAGACAGCAGCAGAUGGGAGUUUACAGACAGUCACCAAUUUGUACACACCUAUAGUCACUGCCAUGUUGUCGACUAAUCCAGCAGGUGCAGUCGUCACGGUUACUGCAACGACGACGCCAGGUUUACCUGGGACUGCCGCCACGGCAGUAGAUCCAGCUACGCCCGCUACGCUGAGAACUUUACCCGCUGUGACUACCGCAAUGGUACAAACAGCUGCAGACGGUUCGUUGCAAACGGUCACUAAAGUGUACAGCCCAAUCCUAGCCACGAUGCUUUCCACAAACCCAGCAGGUGCUGUCGUGACUGUUACUGGAACGACUACACCAGGUGUAGUCCCCACCACUAGCGCAGCCACGGCGACAUCCACAGCAGGGUUGAUUACUAAAGUCAUCACGUCUACAUUACCCAACGGUGGCCUGACUAUUUACACCACAGCGUUGCCUACGACUCAAAAAACUACGCUUACAGAGGACAAACCUUUGGCAAACCCUAACCAUAGACCAGACCCUACUACAUCGUACACGCCAUUGCUCUCCUCUCCAGUCACAACCCUCUCUUGGCAAAGUUACAUCACCAUAACAGAAGGUACCACCACUUACACUACAAGCCACUCACCUAUCAUCAUCUACGUCACAAUCACGCGAGACGGUGCAGUGAUGACCCCAUCGACAACUUUCAUCCAGAGAUUCAGCUCUCAGUACACAUCUGUCGCCACAUUUGCCUCAGGGUCCAUCGGGUUGGGCUCCAUCAGUGGUAGAAUUGGAGUCGUAAAGACGAAUCUGCAAAGCACAAUAGACAACAAUAGAGGUGCGAACUCGUUCCACUUGCAAGCAACCUCUCUGUUCGGUGCAUUCAUUCUGCUACUAUCCUGGGUUUUAUGA